CAGACAACUGAACAGCGGCUGCGUUGGUUGCUGAAGUUGGCUGCCACGUAGUUGACAUUCUUGUCAUGUAAAGAUUUAAAUUUUUUUUUUUUUGUAAAUUUUAUUAGUUAGUGACCUAUUUUCCUUAAACAUGAAUUUUAUUUCUCUUUGUUCGAUUCUGCCCUCAUUGCUUGCGUUUGUCAGUGGUGGAAAACUUCCUGAGCCCGAAGUUAAAGUUGAGGUGAUAGACAAACCCCUCAUGUGUUACCGAAAAUCAAAAUAUGGAGACAUGCUUCUUGUUCAUCACGAGGGAUUCCUGGAGAGCAAUGGCACCAUGUUUUAUUCCAGCCGCAUACAUGGCGACAAAAAUCCUGUGUGGUUCACUCUAGGGAUCCGAGAGGUGCUCAAAGGUUGGGAUAAGGGUCUGCAGAACAUGUGCACAGGAGAGCGCAGGAAGCUGACCAUCCCUUCAUCACUGGCAUACGGCAAGGAAGGAAAAGGCAAGAUUCCUCCAGGCAGCACCCUGAUUUUUGACAUUGAGCUCCUGGAGAUCCGAAACGGUCCCAGAUCACACGAUUCUUUCCGGGAAAUGGAUCUCAAUGAUGACUGGAAGCUGUCCAAACAGGAGGUGAAAGAGUACUUGAAGAAGGAAUUUGAGAAACAUGGCUACUCACCCAAUGACACACACCAUGAAGUGAUGGUCGAAGACAUCUUCAAAAACGAAGAUGAGGAUGAAGAUGGUUUUAUUUCUGCCAGAGAGUUCACCUACCAGCAUGAUGAACUCUAAAGGACUGAUUUUCUCAAGUUUUUUAAAAAUGGUCUUCACUCAAAUCACAAUCGUGAAUUAAUUACUGGACUGUGUUACACAAAACUUCUUUUUUUACACUACAUUUGACCAGUAUUGCCCUACCUUUGGCAUCAUUUUUUUGUACUAGUUUAUUUUAAAAAGACAUCCGUGGUGUAUUUUUAUUUCCGUUAUUCACGCAGUGAUAAUGUCAACACAGAUGCAUUUUAUACUGCCUUCUUUGUUUAACUGAUUUCAUGACUGAGAUGUUUUUAAAAUAAAAAGGAAUUGAUGUUUA